UUUGAAUGAGAAAAGGCAACCCAAGAAAGCAUUUCAUUUCUGGGAUAAAAGAGAUAAAAGAGUAAUAAAGAAGAGAAGGAAAUGGGGUUGAGAAUAUGCUUAGUUUUGCUUCUCUUCUCCCUCCUUCUCGGCUUUGCCACCCCCUCAUACAUUAAAUAUGAGGUGCUAGAGAAUCCAGGACGAACAGGGCGUUUCCUUCUUCAGCAGAAGCGUGAUUGUCCAUUAGACAUGGAGAACCUGAACUAUACAAUAGUUACGAGCCAAUGCAAAGGACCACAUUACACGGCCAAGGUAUGCUGCAAAGCCUUUAAGGAAUUAGCCUGCCACUACAGGGAUGAGCUUAACAAGGAUAACAACAACUGCCCCAUCAUCAUGUUCAACUAUCUCCAUCUCUACGGCAAGUAUCCUCCUGGGCUUUUCGGCAAUCUCUGUAAGGAAGGCAAGCAAGGCCUCGACUGCAAAGAUGUAGGUGUGCAACAAACUGAGGAUAACAAAACUACUAAUAAUGCUGCCCCAAAACCCCUUAAAUCCUCCCCGCCCACCUUCCUCAUACCUCUUUUUCUGUUGUUACUCCAAAUUUGAAUUCAUGAAAUUAAUUAAUUUCCUGAAGUGUGUGAAUGCGUGCGUGCUUUAAGGUUACAUACAUACAUUGUGUAAGCCAUUUCACGUAACACCUCGUUGCAUUCCAUAUCAAUACAACAUUUAUCGAAUAA